GUGAAGCUAUCCUGUAAAAAAUGAGUGUCAUGUCUUUUGCUGAAAGCGAUGUUGGUGCGCGUGGAGUAACAGUGGCCCACGACCCGAAGCGUGCGAUUUCUGAAGAAACCGAAAAUUCUUUAAAGAAUGAUUGCGAGAAAACAAGAAGAUACAAGAUAGAGAGUAAUUGUAGUAAUAAGGAAGUGAUUUUGGACAAAUCGGGUUAUGAUUUUUCAGAUUCAAAUAAUGUGGAUCAUGAACCUAUUUACAUAAAAAGUGUUAUUUUUGUACAAGAUAAAAACGUUGAGCAAGAGGUUCAUUCCUUGCCUGAUUUUUAUGAUACGAAUUUUGGGUCUAAUGCAUCUUUGAGCAGUGUUUCAGAUAGUUCUGAGGAAAUUGGCAUAAACAAAGGAAGUGUCGAGCCCGUUAGGGAGCAUGGAGAUCCCGACACGUUCAAUAUUUGCAAAUCUGAGGAGAGACCAGCCGCAUGUGAAACUCAGGAUGGAGAUUUUCACAACAUACAAAUAUUCCCUGCGGAAUUCAGGUCCUGCUCUCAGAGGGAGUUUCCUAAUGCCGUCUUGGAAUUCGCAUCACUGACGAGAAACGCAUUUCCGGCCCAUGUCGCUUGAAUAGUACACGUCAAAGAUGACACCCAACCGAAGUGAGCCUAACUUCACUGUCCAUGGCAGGCUGCAGGCCGGCUCAUUUCUGUUGGUGCCUGUGGGAUUUUGGUCAUCCCGGUUCUCCGCUCGGAAGCAUCUCCCUGGGCUCACGGGCUCAUAAGGAAGAUAUCUAAGGUAUCUCCAUCCGUGGUUGGUGACGGUCGGCAUCCCUUUACAUCCCUGGGAAAUUUCGCUGCAUCAACUUUUCAGCGGACUCUGGCACAUUUCUCCCGAGGGACUCGUCCUGUCGUCAUUUCUCCUUGUCGGGCAUACUGGGACAUCCUGGUAGACACAAUGCCGUCAAGUCAAGGGUGACCUUCAAACCUGGCUCACCUUACAUCAACCUUUGGGCGAGUUCAGGCACGUUCUUCCUGAGCGGUCGUCGGAACAUCAGGCCGGCAGACAUCCGAAGGUACAGUGGCUUAGCGCCAAAAAAGGGCCAAAUGCUGCAAAUCGUGAUUCAGUUUUGCCACUUUGGGUGAUCAAACUAGAUGAUAUUUUAAGCGUCUUGAGUCGAAGAGGCAUUUCCAAAAUGGUGGCAGAUCCAAGAUGGCGGCCGGCGCGUACUUUGAGCCGCUCUAGAUCGUGACCCGCUCAACCGAUUUUAAAUUUUUUUUUUUUUGAUUGAAAGAUAAUUUUAAGGAUCAUAUGAAAAACGUACAAUUUUUUUAAUUUUAAGAAUAUACACGGUGUUUUUUCCACAAAAACCGGGUUUCGCGUGUAGAAAAAAAUCUUAUAAUUCGCAUAAUUAAGGUCACUUUAAAUACUCACCAUGUAAAAGAGCAUCUUUUAAGCUUUCCAACGAUAUAUUACAUGAUGGGUCUAUAAUUUAAGGUUUCCGCGCCACUGCGAUCCGCGCGGCGGCGGCACAGCCGCGGGCCUGCAUAAAUUAGUCCACGGGCAUAUGUUGAAAAGAAGCCUACCGUGGAAUAGUAAAUGGAGUAAGUGUGGAAAAUGGCCUAAUCUCUUCUUUUCGAUGUGUAUAAAAAUAAUUUUGAUGUUGUCAAGCUCAACUUUGCGUCCAACCCCUCCAAUUCAACAUGGCAGCCAAAAUGGGGGCUCGGGGGUUGAAGAUGUUGGAAUUUGUUUUUGAUGUUGUGUAUGGGUAUGGGGUCCAUCACUAUGUAAUUUUGGUCGUAGAAUCCGAAUUUGAGGUCCAAAAUUGUCUCCGGCUCAAAGGGAUGCCCAAAAUCCAAUAUGGCCGCCAAAAUUUCCACGAUAGGGUCAAGUCUCCGAGAGUUGCGUAAAAGUGCCGAGUUGGGUAUCUUUCCUAGGGUUUUUUGGGUCGUAGAUUUCACUGAUGAGGUCAGAAUUUUACUACAGGUUUAUUGAAGCCCAAAAAUUUCGAGAAAAACCGCUAAGUAUCGAAGCGGGCCGACCAGGCCGGCCCGGUGGGACAAGUCCCGAGCCGAUUUAAAGGAGCGAGUCUGUCUGGUUGGCGCAGCCUCUUGGCGAUCGCCGACAAGCCGUUGCUCAAAGCCCGGGGCCAUCCGCGCAGACCCGUACAACCCCAAACCUAAACGGCCUCGGGCACGGACUCGUCGCCGAGGGGUUAGCGAGGCUGCUCGCCGGUCGUGGUUGAAGCCGUCUCUACUCCGCAGCCGUCGGGCGGAUCACCGGUGCUGUAUGCCGUGCAACUCGAUGGUGGGGAAUUUCGCGCAUCGCUAAAGUCCUUGGGUGGGGGCGGUCGUUAAGUGACUCUUCUUAAACGGGCACUUUGCAGGCUUUGUCUGGAGAAGAUCGUCCCCUUGGCGCUAGGAGCAGCGUUGCUGAGGCUUGCAGAACGUCUCCCACGCAAUCGUAAUAUGGCGGCCAAAUGGCUGGCGUUGCGGGGUGAAAUAUUUUUUUGAGGCUCGUAUCGUCGAGUGAGAUGUCCCUGCAUGGGUUUUUUGGGUCGUAAAUUCCACAAAUGAGGUCCAAAUACCCAAACAGGCCCAUAAAAGUUCUCUAGGAACCAAAGUGGUGGCCAACAUGGCCGCCGCUUAGAUAGUGAGAACGGUAGAGAAGUUACCUUUCAUAUAAUGAUGAAUUUUCGUGUAUGUUUUGUACUCCGCUGAUUCCGUCCUCUAGUACAAGCGGGAUCGUUAUUCCUGCGAAAAAUAGUUUUCCGUAACCCGCCGUGCAUGACUCAGUUGACCACAGGAGAUUACCCGGGCUCGAAGUCAUGUUAGAGAAGAAAGCCUUUCCCCUCAUUGAUUAUG